AAAAUGAGAAAUAUUAGUGUUAAACCAUACCUCCUCAAACUACCAUUUCUCCAUCAUUCCUCAUUUUAAUAUUUAUCCUUUCUUUUCUUUCAUUCCUUCCUAUUAUCUCCUUCAUUUCUCACAAAGACACUAAUCAAUGGAGAUGGAUAAUGAGAAUGAGUGUCACCACAAGUCGGUCCAACAAAUUCAACAUCCUUUUCACAAGGAACAUCCCUUGGUGCUACUGACAGAGGAAAGUGAUGAAGCCCUCAAAGCUUACUGCGAUGGAUGUGGAGAACUGCUUUCUGCUCCAUGCUUCACUUGUAUUCAUUGCAAUUAUCACAUUCACAAGCAAUGUGUAGAGGCACCCUUUUCACUCCCUAAUCACCCACUCCAUCCCAAGCACUCAAGCUCAGGUAUUUUUAUUCGAAAAAGGCCUCUUUUUAUUCGAAAAAGGCCACACUAUGAUAAUGACCUGGUAUAUGGUUGUGUAUUAUGCAAGGAAAAACGUAACAUGUUUUUUUAUGAAUGUAGAGCAUGUUAUUUUUCCAUUGACAUCAAAUGUUCUUAUUUAUCUUAUUCAUAUAAGUUUAACCAACAGCCCAAACUUAACAUCCACCAACAUCCAUUGACCGUCAUAGAAAGUCCCGUGGCCAUAGAUGUACUCAUAAGAUUCAACUGCUUCUGGUGUCAUGAACCAUUGAUAGAUACUAUAUAUUUUUGUUUUGAUUGUCCAUCAUUCAUCAUUCACAAGAAAUGCCUUGAUGAGUUACCCCCUAAAAUUGAUCACCCUUCCCAUCACAAACACCCUUUGUUCUUUAAUCAUAGUGAUAGUGAUCGCUUUUGCAACCUAUGCCAAAAGGAACAUUCUAGACACUUUUAUUGUUGUUCUCUUUGCCAUUUUAACAUCAACCUUGAAUGCACUUUGUUGAGGUCCAUUAUUAAAGAUAAAAGAAGCCAUCAACAUCCAUUCUCCUUGCUUUGGAGACAAGGUUCAUUCAUUUGUGAUGCAUGUGAUACCGAGGGAAAUUAUAUUUCUUAUAUAUGUUUGAAAUGUUACAUUGUCAUCCAUAAGAAAUGCACUUCACUCCCACGCAUUAUCAAAUUUUCACGACAUGAUCACUGCAUUUUUCACAAAUAUUUUCUUCAAACACAAGAGCUUACAAAGUAAGAUUGCAAGAUUUGUUUCAAAGAAGUGAAACUAGAUCGUGGGAGUUACUCUUGUGGGAAGUCAGGUUGAUAUUAUGUUGUCCAUGUGAAUUGUGUCUUAGAGGAUGAUAGGUUGUACGAGGUAAUUGAGGAAGAAAAGCAAUGUGAGGAGCUUUAUGAAAAAUCUAUACAGUCUUCCAUCACUCAUGUUAUUGAGGUAAAUGAAGCUGGGGAAGCUACAAAGAUUGAACAUUUCAGUCAUCAACAUUGCUUGGUGUUAGCAGACAAGAUGGAGGAGGAAAUUAAUAGAAAAUGUGAUGGGUGCAUGCUAUUUAUCUCAACUUUCAUCUAUUAUUGUUCAGAAUGCCCCUUUUUUCUUCACAAAACUUGUACUGAAUUGCCAUAAAUCAAGACUCAUUGGUUUCGUCAAUGGCAAGCCACCCUUAAUUUCGAAGGCUUCAAGCAAUGUGAGUUUUAUGCGCAAUAUUGUAGUGGUUUCUUCUACAAUAUUGGAGGAGCUUGGGAUAUGUGUAUAAGGUGUGCUAAAGUUGCUGAUAUCAUUAAAUGUGAAGGACACCAGCACUUCCUCUUUUAUGAUUUCAAAUGUAAUGAGAAAUGUAAUGGUUGUGGCACUGAUAACGACAUUGGUGCAUUCAGAUGUGGAAAGUGCAAAUUUACUUUGGGUUUUGGAUGCUUAACAUUACCACAUUCAGCUCUUCACAAAAUUGAUCAACACAUGCUAAACCUUACUUAUCAUGAUGAUAGAGAGCAAAGUUAUUGUGAUAUUUGUGAGCAAGAAAGAGAUCCAAGGUUUUGGUAUUAUUCUUGUUCAAAUUGUGAUACUUCUGCUCAUACCGAAUGUGUUCUUGGACAAUUUCCAUUUCUCAAGGAUGGGAGCACAUUUUCUCAUUAUGAUCACAAGCAUCGACACGAUCUUGAAUUUUUUAGGAAGGCCGAGGGUUACCCUAGAUGCUCUUAUUGUGGUAAGCUUUGCCAAGAAGAAAUUCUCAAAUGCGAAAAGUCUACAUGCAACUAUAUUGUUCAUUGCAAAUGUCGAAAUUACCAAGUUUAAAGCUUUGUGAUGUGUUUUGCUCAAAUGGAAAGCACUAGAAGUUUGGAUCGGAGUUCAUGAAGGAUUUGACAUUUCAUUCGUACUUCUUCAAUGAAGGAUGCUCAAAUUUUAAGUGUAAUUUGGUUUAAGUGUUGCUUUGUUUAAGAUUUGUUUGGGUUUGUAUGAUUUAAAUUUCCUAUUACUUGGGGGUUCAUCUAUGAUUUGUACAAGUGUGUAAGAUUUAAUUUUUAAUAUUAUUUUGCGUCUGAAAAUUAAUAAUUUUUUUGACUUAUUUCUAAUUGAAAUUAUUUGCUAUCUAAA